AUAUCAUUAUAUUGCUCUGUGGCGCACUGGUUAUUUAAAAUCGAUCUCGAAGAGAAAUCCGAUUUUGAAGUUAUCUAUAACAAUGUGGAUUUAAAUUCGGAUAUAGAUUGAAUGAAUAUUUGUACGAGGAUUUGUUUUUGACAUUUUUCUUGGAUAUUACUGAUACUAAGAUGGCCUCGGACAGGAGGAAGACGGGCAAGAAAACAGAGUCUGCGAGAUCCAGAAGAGGCCUGAGACAGGUUCCAGAUAAAGGACAACCUAACGAGUACGAUCACCUAAGAGAUGAUAUCAAUAAAACAUGGACAUCAUGGGUGGAAAAUAAUACAAACACAAGAGACUUGUGGAGAAGAAUCGAACAGUCGGGACUUGACAAUGCAUUAAAGAAGCUUUCAUCCUCCAGAUCGGAACUGUGUGUUAUAUCAGGAGUUUCUUCUGACGAAGCUGAGCACAUCAACUCAGUUAUGGUGGAGUUCUGUGAAAUGAUAAACUGUAUACGUCUGGCAUUUGUGGAAAACGAAAAGGAAAUAUUUGACAGUGACGAACGAGAAAAACAGUAUUUGAAAAUCACAUGCCCAACCAUACUUAAAGUUUGGACAAGCUACGGUAUAUUUGCAGCAGACUUCGCAAUGAAAUUUGUUUCCAAAGGAUGGUUGAAUUCCUCUGAGCACCGAGAUCUGCUGUCGUCAGUAACAGAAGUGGCCACAAGUAGUGUAAAACUGCUCAUCAUGGCCGUCAACAUGGACGACUAUCAUACUCUAGACGAAACUGAUGAUCUACAAAAGGAAGCAAUUCAAGAAACCCUUGCUGCGUCAAAAGAAACUGAAGAACUCUUUACAAACAUUAAUGCUCUUGGUGAUAAACACUCGGCUGUGGACAAAUUGUCUGAGCUGUUAGGCUGGAUGUUUUAUGGAAUAAAUCAUAUAUCAAAUAAAGUAAUCAAGGUUGGAGUAGAAGCCAGAGCACCAGACAGUAGUUUUGACGAUUAUGAUGCACUCAUGGGAAGUAUUGCUGAAUUUUCAAAACAGAUACAAACCAAAUGGGGAGAUCCACCCAAGGAAGAAGCCUCUCCUCCUCCACAACAAGUGCAGGAAAAGAAGCAAAGUAAAAAGAAAAAGUGGUCGAAAAAUGUUCCACCAAGUAAGGAUAUCAAAAUAGAAGAGCCGCCUGAAGACAAAAAGACGAAGGAGAAAUAUCUGGAUAUUCUCCUCAAAUACAAUGAAGCCUAUUGCAAGUUCGCCGACGAAGCCUGGAAAUCGAAAAGGUUGCCAAGUAUUACAGGAUCUGGAGGAGUUCAAAUUAAAUAUAGAACAGAAUGCUACAGUCAGAUCGGGAAAUUACGAGUUGACGCAUGCGCAAUGACUCAGAGAAAGGACCAGCUUGAUAGCCUCGAACUGACAGACGACUAUAUAUUACAUUCGGAUAUUUUUGUUAUAAGUCCUGAUGCACUUGGUUGUACCCAGGAAGUUACAGUAUACUUGCCACUGUUAGACUUUAAGCCUGAAGAAGGGGCGGAGAUAUAUCUUAACUUGAAAUCUGAAGGGAAAUGGCAAGAAAUAAAAAAUCCUGAAAUUGUACAGGACGAUGAGAAGAAUUUUCUCGUGUUCAACACGAUGUCAUGUGAAGCAUUUACUGCCAUGUCUUACUCCCCACCCGAUUCAAUCCCGGUAACUCCCAAGGGAGCUAACUAUGUCUGUCCAGACAAUGGUAAACUGGAAGUUAUAAUACCUGAAAACUGCUUCAACUCUGAUAUUACUAUAGCAAUCAAGGUUGAACAAUUUAACAGAACUGAAGAAGACAAUAUGCUUGCUGGUAUUGUGAAUGCCUCUGAUGUUGUACAUCUCGCCUACCUGAGUAAAGGACCAGAGAUGAGCAAGCCUGUCACCAUCAAUCUGCCCUUAUAUGAUGAUGAGGAUGACAAAGACACGGAACUGGUUGUAGCUAGAUGUAAUGAGACUGAAGUUCAGAUUCUGGACAAAAAACAGAUCGCGGUUAAAGCCACUGACCGAGAGGAUGUCUACAGUGUUGAUAUAAAAGGUUUCUGGAGUGUUGCUAUUUUACGGAUAAAGAGAAUAUUUUUGAACAUGCGAGAGACCAUAAAGAGAGAAUUUCAGGUUGGAUUUGGAAUAAAACAGCCCUGCUAUAUCCUUACAUUUAUUGAUGAUUUAACUCGAACGGAUGAAAUGCAAACAUUUGUAAUGGAGGUUGUAGAGAAAGACAAAGCAGACGCAGUUGCAGAGGACAAACUUCAAGCAAAAUUAUUCGAAGUAAAGAAAAGUAGAUCCAAAGAAAUUUUGCUUAGAAGAGGGGACCAAAUUCUACUUCAUGUUGAUGGGCAGAUUAGGUGUUCCGAAGCAUCUUCAGAAGAAGAACAAACUUUGUGCUAUCUUCAAGGUUGUUCUAAUAUGGUUUCCAUAUCGACCGAGAUUAAAAGAGAUCCGGAAAAAAUGCCAGAUGCAAUGAUAUUUUACAAACAGAAGCCAAAGGAUGCAGCAUUACAUUCGGUAGCUAUUGUGACAAGAGAUUUAUCCGAACUGCCAACAGACCAAAUCACAGCACGUACUGGGAUGCACACUUCUUUUACGGAAUCCAGCAGAGUAAAACGGGUAGAGGAGUCGGCAAUUCAUAUUUUGAAAAUGGAAAGUCUGAUGUCAUUGGCAAGAGAGAUGACUUUUGAGGAUGGAUCUAAACUCGGACAACAGCUUGGAGUGAAGCCAGAAGUGAUAAAACAGAUUCAAGAAUCGACAGAAAAGCAACCUGUUUUUGGCAAUUUUCAGAUUCUGUGCAACUGGAGAGGCCCGAGGGCCCGUGCAGCAAUGGCUGACUUUCUGGUUACUAGUUUGAAGGCUGUGGGCAAGAACAAUUAUGCUGAUGUUGUGAUGGAAGUGAGGAAACAUAACAGAGGACUGGAGAGAACUGACUUCAAAACAAACGGACAACGGAAACUUAAAGCUUAGGAUGAUUUUUUUUUCAAUACACAUUUGAGCCGCGCCAUGAAAAAGCCAACAUAGUGCGUUUGCGACCAGCAUGGAUUCAGACCAGCCUGCGCAUCCGCGCAGUUUGGCCAGGAUCCAUGCUGUUCGCUUUCAAAGCCUAUUGCAAUUAGAGAAAUGGUUAGCGAACAGCAUUGAUCCUGACCUGACUACGCGAAUGCGCAGGCUGGUCCGGAUCCAUGCUGGUCGCAAAUGCACUAUGUUGGUUUUCUCAUGGUGCGGCUCAUCUAUUUAAGGUUGCAUGAUUUAUGUAUAAUUUUAAUCGUUAUCAUUGUUGGUUAUUUAUUAUACAAAAUAAAGACCUUUUUAUCCACUGAUAAACUCUCUAUUACCGCAUGCUACAGUAACAGGAAGCAAUAACUGUGAAAAUUAAUUUAAUGUCGAAAUAGGUUUGUUUAUUAUAAUGUAUAUGCACUAAAACCUCUUUCGCUUUCACAUUUCGACCCAUGUUUUAAUGCAUGACAAAUUGAAAGUAUUUUCAAGUCCAUUCAAAGAACGUAACCUAAGUAUGCAGUCAACAUAUUUUGUGGCUGGCAGUGCUAUGCCACUUGUUAUUUAAAUGCAUUUAUCGAGAUACUUGUGUGCUUUAUUUAUCUAUAACUAUUGUAUAUCAGUUUUACAUUUUCCCGCUCAUAUAUCAUCUGUCCAGCGUUAACCUAUUUCAUUAUCGUCCUGUGAUUAUUAUAGUUUACGGGUAGGUCCAUAUUUUGAAAACAAAAAUUUAAUCAACGCCAAAUCGUAGAAAGAAAUAAUGAGUUAUAUGAAAAUUGAGCAGCAUAUAUAACACGUAUACAUAUAACAUUAUUAAACGGGCAUAUAAAUUCAAUUCCAGAAAUGGACUGCAUAAAUGGGUCACGCUUUUAGUCAGUUCAGCGCCUUAAUAACUCACCUUUUUCAAAGAACUGUUAACACAUCUUCAUUUUGAUGCAUUUGCAAUAAUGUACCAGUACUGAAAUUUCACAAACCAAUGUUUAACGUAGUUUUCAGCAAUUGUUUACUUUUAUUUCUUUACAAAUAGCAUUCAUUUUUAAAGGGGAACAGUUUAUGUAUCCUGUCGCACGAGACAGUACAGUAAAGCAUAUACUGGAAAGAUAGAUUGUUUAUAAAAAUGUUUUUGUUUAUCCAAUAUUAUUUUUGGUGAUGUACAACUAGAACCUUAAAUCGUGCAGUCUGGUAAAUGUGUAACUUUUUAGAAUGCAAAUACCCUUUUGGUGGAUAUUUAGUUUUAUGUUGAGAAAAUUGUCCGUUAGGUAGAUUUAAUCACAGUUGAUUGUUUUUUUUUUUUUGUUUUUUUUUUAAUUUUAACUCGAGUUAAUAUUGACGGUUACGCCUCCUGAAACAUUACAGGGAAGUAAUUCUUCUUAAAAUGCUGAUAGUUACGUUUAAUAGUUAUGUACACAUUUUAAUACCGGAAGUUUUGUAAAGACCAAUGAAAUUUUAUUUUUAGCAUCAUGUUAAAUUUAUAGCAGUGUUUUCGCUUACAUUCAAUGAAUGUAUAAGCUAUCCCGACUAUAUACGUAAUAACAGUGUUAUCGCCUCGUAUUAUUUAAAUGUAUUCAUUGUGAUAUUCUGUGUGAUUUAUUUAUCUAUUACCGCACUAUAUUCUAAAUUGUAUACCUGAUGUUUUGCAGUGUAGUGUCUAUUGAAUGUUAUUUAUUAUCCGUUUAAUUGUGUCCUUUGUAUGUGAGAAAUUGUAAAAUCUUCCUUUAUAAAUAUUAUACCUGUGCAAUGUUACAAUUGUUGCACGCUGAGCUGACGAUCUUUGUUGAAUAUUAAAUAUUCUAUCACCUGAAUAUAAAUUAUAUACCAACU